GGAGGAGGUGCAGGAGGAGAGGAGAGUUGAGAGGAGGAGAGAGAAGGAGGAGGCGAUGGAGGAGAAGCAGACCAAGGAGGAGGCUCCAGCCCAAGUACGGGAGGUGAACGAGGAGGAGGAGGUGAAGGAGGAGGAGGAAGAGGAGGUGCAUCAUCAGAGGUUGGAGGAGACCAGCGCCUCUCUGGCUGCAGCUCUGGAAGCUGUGGAGCAGAAGAUUAACCAGGAUCACACAGACAACCAUUCUCUACUGGAGGAGAAGACGACAGUCAACAUUCUAGAUGACAUCGGCAGCAUGUUCGACGACCUGGCGGACCAGCUGGACGCCAUGUUGGAUUAGAGCUCCCGGGCGUCGCCACGACAACCAGCCAACCAAGAGCUGACCGCUUUACGCCGGCUAUCCCAGGGUGCCAUGCGGCUCCUGUGUAGAAUAGCCAAUGAUAGAAGUGUUCCCGUGUGUUCAUAUUCCUGACGUAGUGGCACUACUAUAGAGCUCGGGUUGCACUGCACUGCACAGGAGGGAAUGGGGACGUUACCGUGGGGACAUUACCGUGGGGACGGGGUGGUAGAUGUUCCUGAGGCAGGAAGUUGUAGAUGUUUGUAUUCUCCCCUCCCCUUCUCAUUGGUCAAGAAGUAUUAUGAAAGCACACAGACAGACAGACAGACAGACAGACAGACAGACAGACAGGUGUCAAGCACAGAAACAGUCAGACAGACAGACAGACAGGUGUCAAGCACA